AUUUUGAUUGAAUAAAUAUAAACGAGAAAUUGGUAUUAUCUGGUUUAUCAUCGAAGGGUGGACAAAGCUACAAGGAAAUGUCUUAAGCACGCCUAUGGAUUCGUGUACACAACAAAAGAGAAAAAUGGAUGUGUAAUGACUAACUGAUAAAAUACCUCGUUUGCAAGGAACAAGUAAAUUAUAAAUACAAAAAGAUGAGUGUUCCACCCCUGCCAUAAAACAAGUGUUUCAGUGAAGAUGGCAGCUAGUCAAGCAGAUAUUGAAGAGUUUUUAGGAGGACCUUUAGUUAGUUGGCUUGGAACGUGUGUCAAAAAGCCAGAGACUCUACAAGUGUACGAAACGUUCUUUGAUGGAGGGCCUAUAAGCGAAGUUUUACUUUUAAUCGAUCCUGAACCUGCCCAGCCGAUUCCUUCGCCGCUUGCGUCAUUGCAGAGCUUAAAUAUUACUACGAAUCGUAUUAGGACGUUUCACUGCAUUGUUAAAAACAUAAAAUGCCUUUACGAGGAAGAAUUGGGCCAAGUCGUUGUAGCCCUACCGGACUGUAUAACAUUAGGCCGAACACCAGCUUCUCAAACUGCCUUAGAACAAAUGCGUUUGUUACUUUUGUUGCUUCUUGGUUGCGCUGUGCAAGGGCCAACGAAGGAGUAUUUUAUUUCAAAAAUAAAGGAACUCUCACUUGAUACACAACAUGACAUUGUGGAAUGCAUUAAGCAGGUAACCGAGGGACAAAAUGUUGUGCUUACACUUGAUUGGGCCGAUCAGUCUGCGGAGCGCCUUUAUACGCAUGUCCGUUCUUUAGCCAGUGAAAGAGAUAAUUUGCUUCAUAAGUGGAUAACAGACUUGAACCAGGAACCAAAUGUUAGCAACAGUAACAUUACUUUUGAAGGUGUGGAGUCGAAUCAUAGAGCUGUGGAACUGGCUGACAUGAAAGCGCGAUUACGAAAACAAAGGCAGGAACUCGAAGAAAAAUCUGAGAUUCUGGCAGAAUGUCGUGAAGAGCUGGAACACGCCAAUAUGCUUUUGAGCAAGUUAAAAAUGGAGAAUUCUGAUUUACUGGUAGAAAUCAGAAAGGCGAAAGUGUACCGAGAUGAGGCAGAUGCAAUGCGAGAAAAAGCAGAGAGAGCUGAUAAAUUGGAGAACGAGGCCAUACGGUAUAGGGAACGUUUGGCUGAUGCGGAUUUUUACAAAGUUAGAGUGGACGAACUGAGAGAAGAUAACAGGGUUCUAAUGGAAACACGGGAGAUGUUAGAAGCCCAAUUGGCGAGAUCAAGACAAAGGACUGACCAUGUGCUACAAUUAGAAGCUGAACUUUUAACGUGCAAACAAAAUAUUAACGAUUUUACUUUAGAAAGAGACGCGGCAAAAGAAAAAAUUCAGGAAUUAAUAGAAGAAAAUAUUCAGUUACAACAGGUCACCAAAUCAGCUUUGCAAGAAACUAGUUUGUCGAACAUACAAAUAGAUUCCGAUAAGGAGGAAACAAACUCGGGUGAUAAUAGUUUAUCGGAGCAACUAACAAAUAACGCUCAAGCUAGGGCGUUAAAGCUUGAAUUGGAAAAUCAAAAACUACUUUCAACUAUUGACUCCCUUAAGGAACACAACUUUCAUGACUCGUCAAAUAAAAUCUUAGAUCUUGAAAAGGAAAAAAAGAGGCUAGCUUUAAAAUGUAGUCAAUUGCAAGAUAAUUGUGAUCGAUUAAAUAGACAAAAUACUGAAUUGGAGGCACUUUUUAAAAACGCUUUGCAGGAAAACAGGAAACUACAAGACACAAUGGAUACUGGAAAAGUUAUAUCGGACAGACAAUCUCAGGAGUUACAGCACGAACGGUUGAAAGUGCAAGAGCUGGAAAAAAAUAUGGAUAUUCUCACCAAAGAGAAACAAAGGGUUCACACUUUAUGCGAUACCAUUCGCAAACGUGCCGAUGAUGCAGAUAAAUCUUUGAAUCAAAUGUUGGAGCAAGUGCAACAUUUGCAGGCGGAGGUAAAUCGUACGGCACUCUAUGAAAAAUUAAACAAUGAGCAAAAGGAGAAGAUAGUCUCGUUAGAAAAGGAAAAUGCAAAUAUGCACAAAGAUAUUACCAAAUUAAAACAUACAAUUGAGGAAAAAGAUGUUACAUUGGACCAAUUUUCCGUAAAUAGUGAAAAACAAGCAAAAGAAAUAAGCGAGCUAUGUAAAGAGAAAACAACUUCAACAGCACAAAUUGAAAAGCUUCAAGAGUAUGAGCAAAAAGCGCAGGAAUUACUGUCACAAGCGGCCGUUUACACAGAAACUAUUGCAACAUUGCAAAAGGAUUUAAUAUCUGAAAAAGUAACUAAUGAAAAGUUUAAAGCAAAUUUAGAACGAUUAGGAUUAAAUAUUGAUAUCUUGGAUAACGACAUCAAUGUCAUUGUAGAAAAAAUGCUCUCUAAUCCGGAUUUAUCUAAAAAUAUAUAUUCGCUGCUGCAACCCGAAUCCGAUGAAAAAUGUAAAAAUUGUUCCGAAACCUUACACAUCGAUGAUGAUGUCCUGAAGCAGGCUGAACAAGUUGUGUCCAGUAUUAGUGCAGAGUGGAAUCAGCAGUGUGAAAAAUUAGUUGCCGAAGUGAGUAGUUUGCAACAGAUCAAUGAAUCUCUGCAAACCGACAAUGCCAAAAUGCAAGUUGAAAUUUCGACACUGGCGUCACAAGUAAAUUCUCUGACCACACAGCAGACCGCAUUGCAAUUAGCCAAUAGUCAACUGGUAGCCGAAAAAGAGGAGAUGUCCAAGCAACAAAAAGUUCAAAGUACUCAACACGACACUCUACUCUUAGAUCAAGCAACCUUACGUUCACUUCAUGAGCAGUUAUAUACGGAGUAUGACGAAAUGAAAAAGGAGCAAGACCAAAUUAAGAAAGGAAAUCGCGAUUUACGAUCGGAAAUUCGCGUACUAAAAGACAUCAACUCGACCCUUGAAAAGAAAAUAACGUCGCUCGAAUUGGAAAAGGAUGCAUUGAAAAAUGAAUCUAAAAGCUUGGGUAAUCUGCGUGCAGAGCACUCGAAGUUAAAGGACGAUUUUCGAAAUUUAUUCACUGCAAGUGAGAGGUUGAAGACAGAAUACCGAGCCUUACAAGAGGAGUAUAAAUCGCUUCGUGCCGAGUCGGGUAAGCUACGAUUGGGUAAUACAGAAAUGCAGGGCGAGCUUAGUUCGCGGUCGGAUUUGGUUUCUGGUCUUCAGUUGGACAACGCCAAAUUGCAGCAAAAAUGUGAUAUGUUGUUGGAAAUGAACCAUUCAUUAGAUACGGAUCGUAGGGCACUCAUGGACCAUGUGUCGCAGCUGCUGUCACAGUAUCAUUCGUUAUUAACACACUCUUUGGAAGAUAAGCAACAUUAUCAUUUGGAAGAGAAGCAAUUUACUGAUAAGCUGAACAACUUGUGUAGACAAAAGGAGAAGCUAGAAGAAAAAAUAAUGGAACAUUAUAGAAAGCUUGAUAAUGCAUCUUCGAAAAAGAAAGGUUUUGGUUCCACUUUAGUGAGACGCAUGAGAAAGGCUGGUUCUGACAUCAUUAAUAAAGUUCCUAGUAGAAAUCGAAGAUCUUGGCAUGAAGAAUCUAGACUGUCACAAUCUCAGUUUACGUUAGGGGGCGGAUCAGGGGAGUCUGGUGGGAAUGAUUCAGAUAAUAGUAUUGACGAAAGUGGCAAGACCAACGAGCACUUCAAGAGAUCGACAGGAAGCCUUCAUGGUCACAAACCAAGAGACGAGGUUACUGUUAGGAGAUCACACCGUGAUUUAACUUCGCAUCGUAAUAGCAUUGCCAGUGAUCAAGUGUAUUCACAACGUGAGCAAGGUAGUGCGCUGAGCUUAGGAUCAAUUGGCACCAGAAGGACAGUUUACUUAUCUGACGAUGAUCCCUCUGUUGCUACAGCAAAUAAAUCGCCCGCUCCACUACUAGUUUAUAACAGAAUAUCUACAGUAAUAGGCGAUACGCAAAGUAGUAGUACGGGUCAAACAGCAAAAACUGUAGAGGAAAGCACAUCAAAAGAAACAACUGAAAAGAAAAAAAGUGACAAUCCGCGUGACAAUGCAAUUUGGUAUGAAUAUGGAUGUGUUUGAAACGCGUUUCAAUAAUUACAACCAAUCUGUGAUCAUUUUGUAAUAAUUGACAAAACAGCUGCUUCCUAUUUGUUGCAUACAUAUGAAUUGUACAGAUAAUCACGCCUUGGAUUGGAUAGAUGUGAUACGUAGCUUUUAUGGAAAAUCACAAUCCCAGUAAUUAAGUGCCACUUGUAAAUCAUCAAAGAAAUACUUAUGCCAUCAGACACAGAUUGAUCAUGAAAAAUUGGCAUUAUUACCUGAAACAACAUUAUUGUCAACAUUUUCUCUUGCCUUUUAUCAUUGUUAAUCCAAUGUUAUUUACAACUGACUACCUACUACGAUAAACACACCAAACUGCUGACUGUAGAUGUCAUCUUACACAAUUCAAAAACGUUACUCUCUAUUUCAGUUUUCUAAUGGCUUUGAGGGACAGUCUGCAUCAGGGUUGAGCAGUAAAACUGAGAGUUCAGUUUAUUUUCACUGCAUGUCAAUUUAACUAGUGUCUGGUUUAUUCUACAGUUUAAAUCUUCCAAAUUAUUGUUCAAUUAGUAACAUGUGUCUUUUUGCUUUGAACAUUCGUUGCAACGAAACAAAAAUUACAGAUUUCUACAUUUGAUUUUGGGGUUAUACGCUAUGCAGGGUUUGUCAAUUUUCAGAAUGAAUGUUUUCAUUCACAUAUACUGCGCAUUUUCAACAUUUUGCCUGUUAAAGGUUUAAGAGAGGUUGAUAUAAUUAACAGUUACUAUUACCAAUUCGUCCAACAGAAAUAGUUAAGCACCUUCAGAAAAAUUCCCGGUACAUUUGAAUGAACAUUUUUUAUUGGUCGAAGUUUUAAACACGUAAUACACGCAACCCCUUUCUUUCAUUUGGGCUUGCCUACAGUGACUCCAUGGCUUGCCAUACCUGAGGCGCUUUCUUUCGGCUACUUUGCGAUAUUGAUUUUAAGGAUCACGUUUUACGAAAAAACCCGCGAAUUUAAAUCAAAGUAUGGUAGUACACAUUUGCAUUUGAAUUACGUAUUUUUUGUUUGGAUUAUGAAAAUAAUUUGAAUACAAGUAGAAGUACUUGCACAAAUUUGUUCCUCUUCAGUUAUAAUUAUUGACUAACCUAACAUUUGAGCAAAAAUAUCUUUGCAUUUAUAGGUUAGGAAUUCGUGAUCAGUAAAUGAAUCAUAAAACUUUUAUGUUCAGUUUGUUCACGAUUUUAGCAAUCAUGAUCAUAAGAUUACACUUCGAAAGAACGUGAUUUCACAAUCCAAACGCGUUUGGAUCACUGAAAGAAAGCGCCUCUGGAUUCACAUCCCUAACCUCAAAUCUGUCAUUGUAUAGGCACGGAAAUGCGCUCGGCUGAGCUGCCGUGCGCUUCGCGGCGCGUUGCUGCGCUUAGCUUUAGUGAGCUGUACCUUUUAAGGGUAAAAAAGACACCAAGUUUCCGUAUGGGUCUCACAGCUGAUAUUGUAGAUCGCAAAAGAUACAUGUGCAUUAUGUAUAUCAAUUUUUAUAAUUUUGCUAUUCCACACUUCAUACAUUCCUCACCAUGACUAUUGUGGUACUCUACCAAUAUAGGGACUAUAGUGAAAUUUGAGCAGCAGGACCUCAAAGAAUUGCUUCUACACUUUUACUUAUUAAGUUGACAUGCGUGAAACCGCCUUGAUCAUUCAGUAUUUCUAUAUCUAUGUAGGUAUCAUAAGUAUAUAUAAAACAAAUAUUAGCAGCACACUAUAUAACGCUCUCUGUAUCAUCCAGUGUAAAAUAAGAUGGGAGUAUAUGAACUGCUGUUUAAAUGGUGCAAGCAAUAUUAUGACCAAAGCAGUGUAAAAAAGGGACAGAAGGUUGUACUUGAUUUAUCCACUUCUGCUAGUGGAGUGGUAUGGUGUUUCCUUACAGAAGACGCAUUGGAUUCAAAAUCCAGGGAACACCAAAGUGAGUGUAUUUCCGUGUUUACAUCUGUAAUUCCUUUGAAUGUAUAUAAAAUAACAUGGUCUCUUUUUGAAAAAAAGUGUUUAUGUCUCAGGUCAUUAUUACAGCAUUUAAAAGUAAUGGUCAGUGCAAAACAGAAAUGGGUCAAUGAAAAACAUAUAGGCUACAGCACUUAUUUAAGCCAUGCAUUUAAAGGUUACCUGGAAAAACAAACAUUUAAUUGCUUAUGAUUUAUAAAGAGUUCAAGAUAAUCGAUAAACAAAUAAUAGUAAUAUAUUUAACCCAAAGACUCUAAAUGGAUAUAACGCAAGUUUAAAAGCUACAUAAAAUAUUCAUAAAAAAAGUUAAGGUUGUCAAUGAACAUCACCAUACAUAAAUUCACUAACACUGUAGAAACAAUUUGCAUUAUUAUCUGCAGUGGUGGAGUUUUUUUGUGGGAAAUUUUGUCCGCAUCAUUUAUUUUCUAUAAAUUUCUUUUUAAUCUCUUGAUUUUCCCUGCGAGCAAUGCGCGCGACCGUGAAUUUCGUAAGAAGACACCAUAUAAGACUCCACCGGUGGAUAAACUGCCCCCAAGCAUGCCGUCUUACUUACACUGCAUGGAUUCACUUUGUGCUUAGAAUAAAGAUAGGGUGUUGAUACAUUUCUCUCUUAUUGUGCAUUUUGGCAUCAAGUAUUUGGUUAUUGCCUUGCAAGUGUCGACUAUUUAUUUGCAGUAUUCUCCUACAAUAACAUACAUUUACAGUCUACUUGAAUUCCAGAGACUUUCAUGUCAUUGCACAACUGAUAAUAUUAUACCAGUACAAUUAGAACUUGCUAAUAAGACCAGCACACCUGUUUUUUUGAACUGGAAGUGAAUGGUCACUUAUGAUAAGUACAUAAUUGGUUGCCUUAAAUUAAUUAAUAAAGGCCAAAGAAUUUACAUUAAAUGUUGGACUGCAUUGUCGAUGCACGUGGUUCUGACAGUAUUUAUUUAUUUAUAUUUAUUUUGAAAUUGUAUUAAGAUUUAAUCUUACAGGGUAAUUCACGUAAGUUUUAUGCAGUUUAAUCAAUUUUCGGCAAAUAAACCCAUACAUACAGUGUGUAUCAGUCAAAUGGAGCACAUUUGAUAAUAUAUGUACGGGGCAUGUUCAAAAAAACCCUGGGAUGCGGCAUUUUUUAUUUUCAGUUGCGUAUUUCUUCAACCGAAGCGUUUUGUACAGGUUAUGUCAUGUAACCGUGGCCUAUACCACCCUGUAUAUUACUCAAUUUUUGUAUUAGUUGAAACAUUGUACACAUACUUCUGAUACAAUGCCCUAUACCUGCCUUCAUAGGUGGAAUUGUAAAUUUUCUCACAACUGACCAGACAAUAAUUUAUUAAACCAGGGAAGUAAAUAAUGAACUUCUGUACUAAAAUAAUAUUCUUUUUUUUUGUUAAUUUUUGCAAUAAAUUGGACAUUCGACAAUUUGACAUUUUCUUUAAAACAGUUGAAACUAUAAGACAUUUUAUAUGUCUGGAAUGUUUUGACGAGUUCAAACAAUAUGUAGCGUGUUGUAUGUUGUAUUUAAAGAAGAAAACCACUGCCACAUAACACCCUACAGAAACAGUUUUAGAUGAAAAAAAAUGUGCAGCUAGACAUAUCAAUCGAGGUGUCCAUGUCCCUAGGGUUUUUCAGCAUUCCCCCACUUGAGGUCUUCCAAAUAUGCAUAGAGAUCCUUGUUAAGAGAAUGCAUACAUACAAUUUGCCUAUGUAUCUUUUAAAUGGAUAACACCAUAGCAUUAGAAACUUCAGAUCGGAUUUUAAAGAACUUAAAUAGCACGUAUUGGCCAAUGCCACUCAGAAUUUGCUUUAACACUUAUGCAGAUAUACAAAAGGUAUAAUAAAUGAAGCAUUUAUCACUGUGUAAAUUGUCGAUGCACUCAUUUUCACAAGUUGACUGGUAAUGCUAAAUCAUUAUUGCACCACUUCAACAUGUGAGCAUCACUUAUCAUUAUUGCCAUUGAAAUAUCAAAGAAAAUCAUUUGUUAAUACCUCCUUUGUUGUCUAAUUCUUUAAUACUUUGGUCCAUUUAAAAGCAUAUAGGAGAAUUGUAUGCAUGUAUUUUUUUUAAAGUUUAUCUGUAAAACAAAACAAAGUUCUAAAUGUUAAAGUUAUUGCAAAAUUUUAAAAGAUAAAAAUUUUUAUUAUAUUUAAGCUCAUUGCAACAUGCCCACCAAACUAUUUGAACUAAAGCUAAAUAACUGAUAACUUACCUGAAUUUCCCUGUGCACUGAAUUUUUAUCAUCAAGUUUAUACUGAUGUUGCUGUUUAUUGCAAUGUGUGAAGAUUAGUUAUAUAAACAUUUAUUUGUUGCUUGAAAUAUGAAGCGCAAACACUUUUCCUUUUUAGAUGUAAGUUUUGUAAAAUGAUUUGUACUACUAGCGAAAUUAGACAAUAAAUGUCAUUAUAAACGUA